UGAAGCGGUGGGCGCGAGCGUUUCUCUUGCGGGUGCUGUUGCCUGGAUUAUUCUUGCUGAGGACUUUGCAAUUUUUUUCCGCCUUUUUUGGGGAGCAUUUCGCCGCCUUCCGAAGGUCUUGGACGAGCGCUCCGUGGGAAGGUUUUUGGCUCUCCGGCCUCGGAUUUUGCAUUUUUCUCCCUUGGGACUGUCGUGGGGCUGUUUUCCACUGUGGAUUAUAACUGUAACAUGACGCUGGAAGAGCUCGUGGCGUGCGACAACGCGGCGCAGAAGAUGCAGACGGUGAGCGCCGCGGUGGAGGAGCUGUUGGUGGCCGCGCAGCGCCAGGACCGCCUCACCGUGGGGGUGUACGAGUCGGCCAAGCUGAUGAAUGUGGACCCUGACAGCGUGGUCCUGUGCCUCCUGGCCAUUGACGAGGAGGAGGAGGAUGACAUCGCCCUGCAGAUACACUUCACGCUCAUCCAGUCCUUUUGCUGCGACAACGACAUAAACAUCGUGCGGGUGUCAGGCAUGCAGCGCCUGGCACAGCUGCUGGGCGAGCCGGCGGAGACCCAGGGUACCACCGAGGCGCGGGACCUGCACUGCCUCCUGGUCACGAACCCUCAUACAGACGCCUGGAAAAGCCACGGCCUGGUGGAGGUAGCUAGUUACUGCGAAGAGAGCCGCGGAAACAACCAAUGGGUCCCCUACAUCUCUCUCCAGGAGCGCUGAGACCCCGCCCGGCAUCACAACGUGUCGAGUUGCUGCCAAAAAAAUAAAAAUAAAACAAAUAUUUGACCCCCCUCCCCCCCCAGAACAACCCCCCCAAAACAACCCGGGAGACCGUCGGGGGCAGAAUCAUUGGAGAAGACUGAAGACAAGAAGAGGGGAGCGCACCGGGGGCGGUGAGCCUGGAGCUGCGCCAGCGGCGGCCACAGAGAGAGAGAGAGGAGAAGAGGGGGACCCAGGCCAGCGGGAGAGGGGACCCCGGAGCUCAGGCCUUGCGACAGAGCAGAAGCUGGAGUGGAGAGCCUGGCUUCACACUGCGGGGCUCGGGGGAGCCUGACUGCAUCCCCCCCCCAGCCUUCCUGGAACUGGAGCUGACACCUGCAAACCGGCCCUGGUGACCGAGGGUCUUGCACCCUCGCCGGACCGUACUUUUGAGACUUGGGAGCUGGGGCUGAUGUUACUCGGUACCCACGAACUCCCAGUUUGCAAACUGAAUAGACAAUCGAUUUUGUAACUUGCACUGGUUUGUGUCUUGAACCACUGAAAAAGAGAGGGGAAGCUCACAGAUACGUCUAUUUUUUGCUUCUAUGAUGGCCUUGUAAUAAAUUGCUAAAGCUUC